CAAAGUUUGCAGUGGACUUCCCCGCCGGAAGUCAAAAAUAAACCAGAAAACGAAGAAACUUCCACUAAUCUCCGCCUGUUUCAAUCUCCUCUACGCUUCGUAUUAGCUAGAUUUACGCGAAUAUCUUUCUCCAUUACUUCACAGGUAUUAAUUAUCAAUGCGCAAUCUGGGCAAUGUCGAUAAUUUCCUUUUCUCUGCGGGCAAGAUUUCAUAUGAAGAGUCCCAAGAGUUCGAAAUCAGUCGCCUCUUUUAUGAAGAAUUCAAAGAGUUCGAAACAUUUUCCGUUUCAAAUGGCGACCAAUCUGGUUGUUACGCUGAUCGUCGUCGUUACAAUCCAGAAGAAUUGGAUUUCACAUGAAACGAUUGCAGAUUAAGAAUUUAACUGCACUUGUAUGCAUAGUUAGGAGAUGAUUGGUUGAAGAUGUGUACUUACACCGGCCGAUGAAAACUCGUACUUCUUCUUGAUUUGAUCAACUGCGCCUACCUUAUUAUCUGGAUUCUAGUCAGGUUGCUCUUCCUUGGCCGAGUUUCCUGAAUUUUUUUUGAUGAAGCAUGUACUGAUUCAAUUAACUCGAAGAUCUAAGUUAAGUAUAGUUUGGAUUUGUAAAGCGUAAAGCCAUAGUUGGUAGUUUAAUUCUCAUAGAAAUAGAAGUUUCAAUUUCACAUUCACGUUCACACACCAAGCAGCCAAUAGCCAAUAGUAAAUGUAGGCAUAAAAUGUGGAAAAUAUAAUUCUACAGUUUCACAUUCUCACACCAAGCCGCCAACAAUAAAUUCAGACAUGCUCUCCCUUUCAAAUUCAAAGGUUAGUUUCCCUCUCUCUCACACUCUUUCUCUCUCUGCAAAACUGUUUUAAAAGAGCGAAAAGGAGGAAACAUUGGACGAUAGAAAGAGACACAAAAAUGUCCACUCCAUGGACAAUGACACGGCUGGUGAGAUGGCAAGUCAGAGACUGGGCUUCAUGCUUCUUAGCUUGCAGAUUUCCUUUAGAUGAUGAACCAGACAGAUAUUUCACUUCUACACCACCUCCAGUGCCAAUAAGAACCAUGGUUGUUGAUAGAAAGAGUAUUGCCUCGAGAGGUAAAGAGGAUAGCAAGAAGAUGUCAAGGCAGAGAAAGGGUGAGAAGGGUGAGAACAAGAGGCAGGAAAAACGCUUCUCGCCACAGACUUCUGAUGCUGCUGUUGAAAACAAGAUGACUGAUAAUCCAAACUGGCUACAAUUCGAAGAUGAAAACUACAUUGUCUUCUGCUUCAAUGAUGGAGCAUUUGAUGUUACAAAGAAUGGGAACUCAGAGGCUUCCAAUCGCAUUGAUUUGGUUGCAGCACGUUCAAGACCAGUUAGUCGGAAGCUUGAUUAUGGCAAAGAUGACAAAUCAGUCAAAAGAAGCAGUAGUGAGAAGAAGUUAAAUGGAGGCCCACCUCAAAAGGAUGAAGAAGAACAAGUGGAUAAAGAAUCAGCUAUGGGUGAGAGUGAGGCGAUUUGUGACUGUAGGAUCGUGGCAGUGUCUACUGAAUCAAGUGACUCAAAUCAUUCAGAUGUCAGCAAUGGCUCCUUCGCCUUUCCUGUGUUGGGAUUGGAGUGGAGUGGAAGUCCUGUGCAGAUGCCAAAAUCAGAGGGUUUGCAGCUGAGAAAGCACAAGUCGCGGUGUGUAGGAUUCCAGUGUUGUAAAUUCUGAAACAGAAACUGAAAUUAGGAUUUUAUUUGCCUCCAUUUUUAUUCAAAAUCCCAAACCAAUUCUCAA